UGAUAUGAUACAUACAUACAUACAUACAUAUAAUCACGCCUAUUUCCCGAAGGGGUAGGCAGAGACCACGGAUUUCCACUUGCUACGAUCCUGACAUACCUCUUUCGCUUCCUUCACUUUCAUGACAUUCCUCAUACACGCUCGUCGGUUUAGGGUGCUCUUGACCUGGCCUUUCUUCAGGAUUUCCCCGAUUUGAUCAGAGAAAGUCCGCCGAGGUCUACCCCUUCCAACUCCCUCUUCUACUUCUCCCUUAUACACUCUCUUUGUUAACCUUCUUUCACUCAUUCUUUCCACGUGUCCAAACCAUCUCAACAUACCUUUCUCAAUUUUUGUCACUACAUCUUCGUUCAGUCCACACUUUUCCCUUAUCACACUGUUCCUAAUUCUAUCUUGUAAUUUUACACCACACACACUUCUCAACGCUCUCAUUUCCACUGCAUUCACUUGACUCUGAUGUUUCUUCUGCCAUACCCAACUUUCGCUACCAUACAUAAGUGUAGGCACCAACACCCCUCUAUGCCUCUAUGAUAUGAUUAUUAUUAUGAACUCACUUAUAUACAGAUUAUGUUAGGUUUUCAUAAAUUUAUUUACACACGAACGUGAAUAAACACACACCAUUUAGUAUAAACAACAAAAUUUUAUAUUUAUUUAUUUAAAGUCUUAGAUUUCAAACAAUCGUUUCAAACAUUCAUUCAUUUUUAACUUAAGUAGAUGUAUAAAUUGAAUUGAUUUUAUUUAAUUCCUAUUUAUCUUUAUAUAUAUCUUGCUCGCGGGGCGUUGAUUGGUCUAUCGGGCUCGUGUUAUGUCGGCUCGUUGUAUCCCCACUAACAGCGCACUCCGUGAACCUAUAUAAUCUUAGGGGCACUGUGCCAAUUUUUUAAUAUUACACUGACAAAAUUCGUGCUCUCGUUUUGUGUGUGUGUAAAUUUAACUUAAAUCUCUUAAAAUAUGUCUGGACGCGGUAAAGGUGGCAAGGUUAAGGGAAAGGCAAAGUCCCGUUCUAACUGUGCCGGACUCCUGUUCCCCGUCGGACGUAUCCACAGGUUUCUACGGAAGGGUAACUACGCCGAGCGCGUAGGGGCCGGAGCCCCGGUGUACCUCGCCGCCGUCAUGGAGUACCUGGCCGCUGAGGUUCUCGAGUUGGCGGGUAACGCCGCCCGCGACAACGAGAAGACCAGGAUCAUCCCCAAACAUCUUCAGCUGGCUAUCUGCAACGACGAGGAGUUGAACAAGCUCCUUUCCGGUGUGACCAUCGCCCAGGGCGGUGUGCUGUAUAAAAUUUAAACAUCAACAUGUAAAAUAAAACACUCAACACCUGCGUUCUACCUUGCACUUGCAAGGUGUCAAAGGGCAAUGGAUCGUAGUAUGUUAAGGAUUAAACUAUCGGAUAAGAUCAGAAACUCAGAGAUAAAAAAAAAAAACAAAGAUUACAUACAUACAUACUUGCUCGCAUUGACCAUCUAAAGUGGGGCUGGACGAUGAACAGGCCACAUGCUAGGCUGCCGUAUAAGAAAAUGGAGUAAACAGGUUACUCUAUGGUACCUUAGAGGCUGUACUAGAAAGCAAGCACAUCUAAUAAUUACAAGAUGGAAAGAUGACAUUCGUCUGACUCUGUGGCCAUACUGGAUGAGGGUUGCUACAGAGAGAACCUAAUGGAGACAGUUGGGGAGGCCUACACCUUACGGCAUACUGAACUGGGAGAUAUAUUAUAAUUAUAAAGUAUUCAAUUUAAAUUUAUAUUAUUCGGAAUAAAUGGCUUUAUUAUUAUAAAACGAUUAUAUCUAAUUAAAAUGUCUAGAUAGUGUCAUCAUGUCUAAAAGUGUUCAUGCAAAUUGGUCCGGUUUUUGCGCUUUAGUUUAAGUGUCCUUUUAGUGUGGUUUACACCAAAUUUUGUUUCACCAUCAUCCAAUUGUCUCUGUUAACAUCCCCUCGGAUCAGGUGGGCGGCGCGGGGCACGGCUGACAAGCGCUCAUCUCGAUUUACGGGCAGAAAUCAAACAUUUAGUCACGUAAAUCAGACUCUGCACAAUUUAUGGCGCUGCGGCUAAACACGUAUUGUAGACUAUGUUGCCAGAUCGUACUUUUUAGUACGAUUUCACGUACUUUAUAACGAGUGUGCGUUCCUAAAAACGUACCCGCACAGAACCAUACUAAAAUACAUUUUGGCGAAACCGCACGUUCUAGUGCUACUAUUCGUAUGAACGGUUCGAAAACAUGCAAACAUGGCGCAGA